ACUCGUCUCUAGUCUAUAGUCCAUGCCGCCGCCACCGACCGAGUACACGCUCUUAUUACAAUUAAUAUUAUUUCUAUUUACAUAAUAUUAUAUUAUAUUGUUGAACUCGCGCCCGUCAGUGUGAAAAACGGUGAACGGAAUAGUAUUAUUUUUAAACCGUCGCCGUCGCUCGUGAUUAUUUUCUUCAAAUUUUUCUCGCAGCUUCGUUCGCUCGCUGUCCGUCGUUUACCGUGCACGACGAUUAUUAAUAUAAUAAUACCUUUACAAUAUACACACCGUUGCAUUGUCCAGUUCCGUAUCGUUUUUUGUUUUCGAUUCCCGGUCGCGUUUACUUUACAAACGCGCUUAUGCACCACACGUAUUAUUAUUUGUUUUACGCCUCAACUUUACUACCAUCUACGCGGCGGCGCCAGUCUGUAAUAUUAUUAUUGUUACUGAACCGUAGCAUCAUAUAAUACGCACACUUGCGGCUUACUGCUGCGAAAUCGGCAUCAUGACUAAGGAUCAAGCAAGUAAACGUUUUUAUCGCGUGGACAGUAAUUAUGAUUUUACUGCAUUUAUGGAUCGCGGCCAAACAGCUGCUUACGAAAACCGAUGGGUUUUUGAAACAGCUUGGGAAGUCUGCAAUAAAGUUGGUGGUAUUUAUACAGUUAUCAGAUCCAAGGCUUUUGUCUCAACUGAAGAAAUGGGAGAACAAUAUUGUUUAUUGGGUCCUUACAAAGAAAACUAUGCUCGGACAGCUGUCGAGGAACUAGAAUUCGAAGGAGGUUCUCCUUAUCACACAGCAGUAACAAAAAUGAGAGAUCAAGGAUUUAAGUUGUUGACAGGUCGAUGGUUAGUCGAUGGUAGUCCACAAGUUAUAUUGUUUGACAUUGGUUCAGCUGCUUGGAAAUUAGACGAAUACAAGCAAACUUUAUGGGAUACGUGCAACAUAGGAAUUCCACAUUUAGAUGUAGAAGCUAAUGAUGCCGUAAUUUUGGGAUAUUUAAUAUCUGAAUUUCUUUCAGAAUUCCGUGUGGCAGCAGCAGCAUACAUUGAUUCAACGCCAUUGGUUGUUGCUCAUUUUCACGAAUGGCAAGCUGGCAUAGGGUUGAUAGCAUUACGUACAAAAAAAGAACCAAUCGCUACAGUAUUUACAACUCACGCCACAUUAUUAGGUCGAUACCUCUGUGCUGGAAAUACUGACUUUUACAAUAAUUUAGAAAAAUUCAAUCUAGAUGAAGAAGCUGGUAAAAGACAAAUUUAUCACCGUUAUUGUAUGGAACGAGCUGCAGCACAUGUUGCACACGUUUUUACCACAGUAUCUGAUAUUACCGGAAAAGAAUCCGAGUACUUACUCUCCCGGAAGCCUGAUAUUAUAACUCCCAACGGGUUAAACGUUGUCAAAUUUUCAGCAUUACAUGAAUUUCAAAAUCUUCAUUCGCUGUCUAAAGAGAAGAUUCACGAUUUCGUCCGUGGCCAUUUCCAUGGACAUUAUAAUUUCGAUCUGGAGAAGACGUUAUAUUUCUUUACGGCUGGUAGAUAUGAAUUUUCUAACAAAGGAGCAGACAUAUUUAUCGAAGCGUUAGCUCGUUUAAAUCAUUAUUUGAAAAAUGCCAAUUCAGAUAUGACUGUCGUAGCAUUCCUUAUAUUUCCCGCACGAACGGAUAACUUCAACGUGGAAAGUCUCCGUGGCCAUGCGGUUACCAAAAGCUUACGAGACACUAUACUAGAAAUACAAACGAAAAUCGGCCGAAGGAUUUACGAAAUUUGUCUAAGGGGACGAAUGCCUGUCGAAGAAGAGUUGUUGAACAAAGAAGACACCGUCAGGUUGAAACGGUGUCUGUACGCUUUACAGAGGGACGACUUGCCACCGGUAACCACUCAUAACGUAGUGAAUGAUUGGUGCGAUCCCGUACUGAACACGAUACGGAGAUGUAAGCUGUUCAACACCACAGCCGACAAAGUUAAAAUUGUGUUCCACCCGGAAUUUUUGUCCUCGACUAACCCACUGUUUGGAUUGGACUAUGAGGAAUUCGUGCGCGGUUGUCACUUGGGAGUAUUUCCCAGCUACUACGAACCUUGGGGAUACACCCCAGCCGAAUGCACGGUCAUGGGAAUCCCGUCAAUUACUACAAACUUGUCGGGUUUCGGUUGUUUUAUGGCCCAGCACAUCGCUGAUCCUUUAAGUUAUGGAAUUUACAUCGUGGACCGUCAAAACAUCAGCAUCGAAGAAUCUGUCAGACAACUCGCGCAGUAUAUGUACGAUUUUGCGAGAAUGAGCCGUAGACAACGAGUGAUCCAGCGAAACCGUACAGAACGGUUAAGCGAUUUGCUCGAUUGGCGUAAUUUGGGUAUUUAUUAUCGUCAGGCCAGGUUGAAGGCAUUAUGUCAAGUGUUCCCGGAUAUGUUUGAUAAAGAAACAGAAACGUUAUGCAUCACAGAAGCAUCGAGACGUCGAUACAACUAUCCUCGUCCUUAUUCUGAACCACCGUCACCAUCGAGUAGCCGACCGACCACACCUGGAGCUUCACUACACGGUUCAGAUGACGAAGAUAUUGAUGAUGAGCGUGAGCUUGCGGAGCUUUCGGAACAUAAAAGUUAUUAACUAUACCUACAUAGUUUGUUGCUGUAAUAAAUAUUAAAUAUUAUAUUUAACAAAUAACAUAAUACUUCUGAAAAAUGUAUUUUAAAUUUUCUAUGUGUAAAAAAAAUUAGUUGUUUUUACUAAAAAUACAUAUAUUUUAAUGAGA